UAGCGAGCCACCUUCCAUCUCAACCCCACAGGCACUCGCCUUGUUCUUCCUUUCUGUUGUUGUACUAUUCCAAACAAAAGCAAAAAAAGAGAAGCCCUUUCCAUUCCCUUCAAACAUAUCCCAUUCCCAUUCCUUCUUCGUUUCCACUUGUUCCGAUAAACCGACAGACAACAGCAGCAACAGCAAACAAUGAAAUUCUUUCUCGUGACUCUCGUAGCAGCACUACUCGUCUUGGUCUGCUCCUCAUCCGUGAACAGCCUUCCAAUUGAGCGCCGAGGUGGUGGCGGUUCGUUCUCGGGCGACGGUACCUUUUACACGGUUGGAUUAGGAUCUUGUGGCAAAACCAACAAAGACAGCGACUUGGUCGUUGCUUUGAGCUCGAAAUUGAUGAGCUCGGGUAAAAAUUACUGCAACAAAAAGAUCAAAGUAGAGACCGACAAGGGAGACGUUACUGCCACUGUCGUCGAUACGUGUCCUGGUUGCGCCAAGAACGAUGUGGAUUUCAGUAUAGGUGCGUUCGAGAAGAUUGGUGAUACGGCUGCUGGUCGUAUCAAGAUCUCUUGGUCCUUUGCUUAAACGAUCUUCCACCCAUUCAGUUCAAACAGUGUUGUAUUUUACCCCUGCGAGAAAAAAAAAACUUUCAUUCUUUGUUGUUCCUGUUGUAUUAUCUUCCCUCCUCCUCUCAACCAAGAUACCCGCUCGAGUUUGUUUUCUUGUUUUUGCAAUAACCUUGGUGACAAAAUAUCAAAUAAGAAUUCGG